AUGCAUUCUUACAGAUCCCACGUGAUCAACCAAAACGAACAGAAUCCAUCAUCACUGGACUCGCUUUGUGAGUUCCUCAGCACUCCUCGGUCAGACCAACAAACUAGUCGACUGGGAGUGCUAGAGUUCACCCAUCCGAACUGUCCACCUGUUUAUCGCAAGAUUGACCAUCAGUGCUUGUUGCGCGACCUUGUCUCUGAAGCAACAAAUACUGCAGAGUCAUGUUCUCUGUAUGGCCGAAUUGUACUGGUUGAGAAUAUAUCGCGUGGUAUCGUGGAAAUCCUGGGCUCGACCCUGGAUAUUGAUCCGUUGUUCUUCAAGGCUCAUAUUGAUCGCAAUGGCUGCUCUAGGAAUCAGAUGUUCAAAUAUGUAGAUGAUUCAUGCCAGAAGUUCCUUACGUGCCACUACCCUCGAGCCAUUACGCUGGAGGGCGUACAGGGAUCUGUUGAAUCUGAGAAUUAUCAUCGCUGCUCCGUCUGGGUAAAGUCUUAUCAAAGUGGUGGUUGGCUUGGUAUGUCUAUCGUUAUAUAUCUUAUUGACCCUCCAGUCCUCAACGGUGGUUUCCGACUAACCCCAGAAGGUGGUGCAGUGCGUCCCAUUACAACCACUGGCUGUCGACUCUUCCAGGGUGCCAACGGAGACACCUCCGGUACUGGAGAUAGUUCACCUUGUCCUCCUCGAGACGGACUAUUUGAUGACCUCAUUUACUGCUGGAAGAAUAGACCCGCAUCGUUCUUCGACAUCACCAGACCCCCGAUGAGUUUUCUGGCUUACUUCCCCAUCCAGAUAGCCCUCGCUGAAUGGACGAACAGCCACAUUGCAAUGGUCCUGUUUCUCCGACACUACGACUCGGAACUGAUCAGAAGGGCAGUCAGAAAGAAGCUUGCCGAAAUCAAGAAAAAUCCUGAAGACUGCACCCGUCCGCCCAAGCAAUCUGAGUCUAGCGUCUCGAACUUAACAGGCUUCCGCCGCUGGUUCAUGUCCACUAUCAAUUCUCCUCAAGCUCACGAUAAAACUACCCAGCCCCGCAAGAGCUCUAAAAAGAAAAUCUGCAAAAUCAAUCGGUCUGACCCUAUGUUCCAGAUCUUCAUGACCAUGCGAACUUGGAUCAUGCCCAUUAUCACGCAAAACUACCGGGAUAUCAAGUACCUUAGAUCUCAGACAUUAGCCCUUCCAUCCAUUAUCGACUCUUAUGAUGCCGUUAUCAACAGCCUAGGACAAUUCGCCUCGGCCCUUGAUACAAUCUUACCCUGUGGUAAAGAGUUCGCCAAUGACCGCACUAACACCAUCAUACCCUACCGUCGUGACUUUUGA